CAAAAAAAUAAAAAAAAAUAAAAAUUGCUAGGGUUCAUAUAAAUUGUGUGACUAUCAAUUGCCAAAGGCUGCGCGCCUCUUUUGCAAAUCUGCAUCAAUCUUUUCUUCAUCGCAGUGGUACUCUCAAAAGCACGAGAAUGGAAGAAGAAUUUGAAAUAGCAGGGCCAAUAUUUAGAGAUAUAAGACGCUAUUAUUGUGAAUACUGUGGAAUUUGCCGAUCGAAAAAGUCUCUUAUCACUUCUCAUAUCCAAUCACACCAUAAGGAAGAGCUGAACAAGGAAACAAGUGAUGAGGGUAAAGAGGCCAAGUCAGAAACCUCUAAUGUUUGUGAAGAAUGUGGCGCUAGUUUCAAAAAGCCCGCAUAUUUGAAACAACAUAUGCAAAGUCAUUCACUUGAGAGGCCAUUUGUGUGUUCAGUCGAUGACUGCCAUGCCAGCUACAGAAGGAGAGAUCAUUUAACGCGCCACCUUCUUACUCAUACUGGAAAACUCUUCAAGUGUCCCAGAGAGAAUUGCAAGCGUGAGUUUGUUUUUCAAAGCAAUGUGAAAAGGCAUGUUGAAGAAUUUCAUAAAGAGAGUUCUUCAACUGAUGUUGGCAAGGAGCAAUAUGUUUGCCAAGAAAAUGGGUGUGGAAAGGUGUUUAGAUAUUUGUCAAAGCUGCAAAGACAUGAGGAUUCUCAUGUUAAAUUAGAUGCAGCCGAAGCUAUCUGUCUAGAACCAGGCUGUAUGAAACAUUUUUCCAAUAGUCAAUGCCUUAGAACCCAUAUCCAGUCGUGCCACAGAUAUAUGACUUGCGAGAUUUGCGGGACAAAGCAAUUGAAAAAGAACAUCAAGAGGCAUCUAUGUACGCAUGAAGCAGGAAGCAAAUCAACAGAGCCAAUUAAAUGUCAUUUUGAGAAUUGUUGUCACACAUUUUCUAACAAAACAAAUCUUAAUCAACAUAUUAAAGCUGUGCACCUUGAUGUUCGGCCAUUUGUCUGCGGGUUUCCAGGCUGUGAUGUGAGAUUUUCAUUCAAACAUGUUAGAGAUAACCACGAAAAAUCAUCCUGCCAUGUUUAUACUCCUGGUGAUUUUGAAGAGUCGGAUGAGCGAUUCAGGUCAAGGCCUCGAGGUGGAAGGAAGAGGAAAUGUCCAACAGUAGAAAUGCUGAUACGCAAGAGGGUUAAAGCACCAGCAGAUCUAGACGAAUGUCGGGCUUGGUUUGAGCAAAUGGAGAGUGAGGGUCAGUCACGAGUCUAACCUUCAUGGACAGACGUGCAAAUCACUUGUUACUGCAGUUUUGCUUUAUGGAAAUUAAAUGUAAUUGUGUAUGAGAUGUAUAGUUCCUCGAUAGUAUAUUGUAGGUGUUGCUCAAUUAGAAAGCUAAGGAUCUCUAAAUAGAUUAAUGUUAUCUGCGAGAUGUGAUAGUUUUGUAUUGGUACUGAUAUUUUGAACGUUGUGAUUUACGGCUCUGAUUAUAGUAAUUUUAAGAAUUUAACCAA